AUGCCUCCCAAUACCAUGAUGGAGUGGAUUAUGGGCCGCAAUCUCACUCGCACCGAAAAGGAGAGACUGACAACACCCGAGCCGGAGAGACGGACAUCAGAGGAGAAAGAGUACAGAGGCAGAGAUUCCAGGCGCCGCGAUUCUAGACCCCGGCCCCCCUCUAGGCAUCGGUCCCCGUUCCGAGACAGAUACUACGAUCGACAAGGUUCGACUGCUGCUCAGCCGCCCACCAGUCAUCGAGCCAAUGAGCACCACGAGCACCGCGAGCAUGGCGAGUUCCGUCAUCCUCGAGAGCACAAGAGCUGUCACAAAGCAAGAGCCGCCCAAGCUGCCCAAGCCGAGACGGCUUCCGUCGACAUCGAGGCUACUGCUGCCGCUGCCGCUGCACUUAAAAAGGCUAGUGUUGCCAUUUCCCGAGCUGAGGCUAGAACAAUUGCUACGCUUCACGCUGCUCAAGACAGGAAGGUGGCCAAAGAGAAAGCGAAAGAAGAAGAGGCCAAGAGGAAGGCAGAGAUCGAGGCGGCCACGACAAAGCGACUUUCCGAGAUCUUUUCAGACGUUGACUCAGACGAGGAGGAGCGCGCCAUGGCUAUAGCGUUGGCAGUUUCCAAGGCUUACAAGCAACAGCAAACAAAGGGCAAACCGAGCGAUCCCAAGUCAUCUCCGUCAAAGGAGGAGAAGAAGGCUGACUCUGCCAAACCCAAGGAGGUCAAGAAGACUCAAGAGAUGGAGAAACCUGUCAACACCACAACCAAGAAGCCGAAAUUUCAGGUUGAGGUCUAUACGGGCAGCGACGGCGAGGGCGAGACUUUUGUCGCAAAGGUGCCGCUUCAGAGCAGCAAGACGCCGGCCAAGGCUAAGCUGGCCCCUCCCGAGCCUGACGAGAAGGGUGAGUCCAGCAAGACCAUGGAGGCGGAGAAGAAGGUCGAGGGCAACAAGAAAGCAGAGGACAAGAAGAAGGCUGAUGAUAAUAAGACCGAGGACAAGUCAAGAGACAACAAGUCGGGCCAGAACAGCACGAAGAAGCAAGACGCGGGCGCUCCUGACGACUUUGUCACCCCCGAUCUGGAGCCCCAUGCCACAUGCGGCUGCGAGAACUGCAUUCAGGGUCGGAGACUCCUGGGCCGGGAGUUGAGCAAGCCCCGAACUAGAAAGGAGAUAGCGGCGGCGCUGCUUACGGACUGUCUGAAGAAGAAGGGUGGUUCUGCGGGGAAUGACAAGGGCAAGAAGGAUGGGAAGAAGGACGGAAAGGAUGAUAAGCAGGAUGACAAGAAGGGUGUGAACAAGGAUGCCAAGAAGGACGAGAAACAGGAGGGCAAGAAAGACGACAAGAAGGACGAGAAGCAGGAGGGCACGAAGGACGAUAAAAAGGGAGACAGGGGCAAGCAGGAUAACCCCCAGAACAACAAGAAGGCUGUCGGCGACAGCUCUGGUACCAACCAAAACCAGAACAAGUCUGAUCAGCAAAAACCCUACGGUGGCAACCAGUCUUCGAACAACGCCCAGGGAUCAGCCACCGUCCAGCAUGUCCCCUCUCGCUCAGCCACCGUCCAACCACCGCGCAACGCCUACUACCUAGACGGUCAUGUCCAAGUCUUUGACAGCCCAGCUCAGCAGCCCGCUGUGCCUGCGGGCUUUCCGCCGGCUCCUAUCCACCCCCAGUUCCAGAACUACGGCUACGCCGGGGAUGGUGUUGUGCAUCCUGUGACCAACAUCAUCCACACAGACUGCCCGAAUCCCUACUGGUCCCAUCAACCUGGCGGUCUUGCGUGGGGAGGCUAG